AUGGCUGAAAUCAGCAUGUCUGAGCCAUUUGAGCUCUUCAAUCUCCUCAACCAGUGCAGCGGUGUGUCAAAGCUGGCAGAGAUCAACUACCUCUGUUUGAUUGAUGCUCGAGAAACCCAUGACUACAGAAUGAGUCACAUCAUUACAGCAAAACAUGCCAAAAUGGAUUCAAAGAGGACGUUUUUCUUGCCAGAGGCUGUGGAGGUUGACAGUAUGCAGCAUGUGGUGGUAUAUGACAGCAACACAAGCACCUUACAGGAACAAGACAGAGCGGUUCAAUGUGCCCAGGAACUGGCCAAAGCGAGCCUCUGUCCGGUCCACAUAGUGACAGGAGGCUUUCAGAGAUUCUCGGCUCUGUACCCUUUUUUAAGGACUGAGAAAAUCAUUUACACCAUCAUGGAACUGGAAAAUCUGAAGGCCUUUCCAGUGGAAAUCAUCGCAACCCUGCUGUAUAUGGGCGAUGAGAAACACAGCGUGGACUCCAGCAUCCUCAAAGACCUGAACGUCUUUGCUGUCAUCAGCAUCUCGGAGAGUAACGCUCUGGAAUCCUUACAGGAGAACCAGAUCAUCGCUCACGUCCCUGUGGCGGACUCAGUGGUAGCUGAUUUAUUUUCAAGUUUUGAAAGGAUUUGCAGCUUUAUUGAUUCACAUAUCAACGUGGGCUCUCGUGUGCUGAUAGUUUCCAGGCAUGGCAGGAGCCGCUGCAGUGCUGUCGCCAUUGCCUUUCUCAUGCACCACUUCAAAUACACACUGGAGGAGGCCUGGAAAUACGUGCUCAAAUGCAAACCCAACAUGAGACCAAACACCGGGUUUUUACAGCAGCUGUCUGACUGGGAGCUUCACACCACGGGAACGAAAGUGACUGAAAUCUCUGGACCUAAUUUUUAA